AUGCCCUAAUGGCAAAUCAUUUGGAAGUCAUUUUAUAAGCAUUUAAAAAUCUUAAAGUGGGAUUAAUAUCAACAAUGGAGAUGGCAUAAUCACUUUUUAUGGGCUGAUACUGUAUUCAGACCAAUUUUAAUACUCUAAAUCAUCUUCAUUAUAAUACGAUUAUCUAUUAUGGCAAAUAACUUGUACAUUUAAAUUACAUUAGCAAUACAAAUAUGUAUACAUAUCCUCUUAUUCUUAUUUAUUUCUAAAGCUAUUUCACAAGAAUCCCAUUUCCUCAUUCAAUUUUUACCUCUCAUUCAAUAAUACUGUAUGUAUUGGAUCUGUUACAUUAUCAAAGACAAAGAUUAUUUUAUGCUCUAUAUUACCCUUAUUACUGUCUAUCAGAGCAUGUACUCUACUUUACAUAUGAAGUUUUUCACAAUUUUAUUAUUCUUAAUUCAGAAUAUAUUCCUUGCUGACUUAAACUCAUUUGAAGGAUUGUACAUUUCAACAGUACUUUUAAUCUUAUAAAUAUUAAGAAAAGAGUUCCUUUAUUUAUAACAUUUUCAAAAUCUUUAAGCAUUAUUUAUGAUAAUUGAUUCUACUCCUUAAGCUAUGUGUAUUGUUCAUAAAGAUAAGAAUUUCUUACUUUAUUCAAAUAAGAUUUUUGAUAAUUUAGCUAACAAAUUAGAAAGUACAAAUUAAAGUGAUACUGAUUAAUCACCUGAAAAAGCCUCUACUAUUCAUUCAGCUCGAAAUUAGUUAAGUUUUUUAUAGAACCUACAAUUGGAUGAAUUAAAUAAUAAUCAAACCCUAUUUGAUAUAGAUGAUGAUGAUCUUGAUAUGGAAGAUUAAUAUAAAAUAAAAAAUGUAACUUAUUGUAAAGAAAAAACACAAUUAUUAUCAUAAAAUCGAUUUUCUGUUGAAAUCUAAUAAUUACCCCCUAAAAGUCACUAAUAAUAAUAAAAAUUCUUUUAAUCAUUUAAAAAUUAAGAAGAUGAUAGUAUUAUCAAAAAGAAGUUCACAUCAGAUGUGACUAUGAAAAUAGAAUUCAAUAAUUCUCCUUAGAUUAUGAUUCAUUCAGCUGGUAAAAAGAGUUCUCGCAAAAGAUCUUAAAAUCAAAUCAAAUUAAAUAAGUCAUCUGUAUAUAUGACACCAGGUCGUAAAAUUUCUGUUGAUCAAUUAUUAUCAAAAGAGAAUAAAGAAUAUAGCAUUUCAAAUCAUAAAUAAUCUUUAUUAGAUUAAGAUUUAAAUAUGAUUCCUAAAUCUAAACCUACUAUUAAUCAUAAAAUGAAAUUUCUAGUUAAUGUCUUAGAGAAUUGUAGAUUAUUUGAUAAUGAUGAUGGAUUACAAAUCUAUUUUAUUCAUGAAAUCAAUUAAAUUCUAUUAAGAGCAAAACUUAAGAAAUUAGAAUCAAUUAAAAAGAACAUUCUUAGAUCAAUUUCUCAUGAAUUACUAACUAAUCUUAAUGCUAUUUUUGGAUUCAUCAAAUAAUGUCAAGACAAAUAAUCUUCUUAAGAGUCUUGUACUUAGUAAUUAGAAUAAGCACUUUGUUAUACUAAAUUAUAAUUGUAUAAAAUAUAUGAUUUUUUUGAUUACAGAGAUAUUCUAGAAGAUAGAUUAAUAUUGAAAUCAGAUAAAUUUGAAAUUAAUUCAGUUAUUUGGGAAUGUGUAGAUUUAUUAAGAGAUUAAAUUGAAAGAAAACUUAUAUCAAUAAAUGUUGAAUUAUCAGAGGUUUCAUAUAUAAUAAUAGGUGAUAGAUAAAGAUUAUGUUAAGUACUCUUAAAUUUAAUAGCAAAUGCUAUUAGAUUUACUUUAAAGGGUGGAAUUACAAUAUAGGUUUAGAAAAAACAAUAUAUAGAUUCAAUGUAAGGUAUUGAUGAUGUACAAUCAUUUCAAUAAUCCGAUUCAAAUUUGAUAUAAGUUUCUAUAAGUGAUACUGGAAUAGGAAUGUGUGAGAAAGAAUUAUGUAAUUUGAGAAAGAAAGUAUAAUUAUUUAUAAUAGAAAUAGUUGCAUCUAUCUGAUGAAGAUGAAAAAGUAUCCAAAUAAUCAGUUGGUAUUAGCUUAGGAUUAUCGGUUUGUAAGUAAAUUAUAAAACAUUUGGCACCUGCCCAUUAAAAUUAUCUUUCAGUUGAAUCAUAAUUGGGUGAAGGUUCAUAAUUUUAUUUCGUAUUAUAAUUUGAUGAAGAGUAAAUUAACUAAGAUCAAAAUAAUUUAUAAAAUUCAUUUAUACAUACAAUUCCAUUUAUAGAAUAAUAAAGCACUUAAUAAGUUCGAGUGAUGAAUUAUAAUAAAUGUAGUAAAUCUUAAAUGGAAAACUAGAUAGGAAAUGUAGAAACAUGUAUUUGUAAUUGCAAAAAGACAUUAAUAGUAGAUGAUGAGUAAUUUAAUAUUCAUAUUCUUUCCCAUCUAAUGAAAUAAUUAGGUUAUGAUGUUGAUUAUGCAUUUAAUGGUAAAUAGGCUAUAGAAAAAAUAGAAGUUUAAUUAGCAAAUAGAUGUAAUAAAUCAACUUGUAUUGGUUAUAAAUGCAUAUUAAUGGACAUCAGUAUGCCAAUUAUGAGUGGUUGGGAAGCUGUAUAAAGAAUUAGACAAAUGGAAUAUUAAAUUAAAUUAACUCGAACUAUACCUGUAAUUGCAGUUACAGCUUUUUGUAGUAUUUAAGAUUAAUAGAAAAGCAUUCAUGAGGGUUUCAAUACUGUAUUAAUUAAACCUAUAACAAAAGAAAAACUUUGCGAUUCUUUUCAUCGACUCAAUAUUUGA